AUGCUGUUGUUUUUCCUCCUGUUCAAAGUGAUCGGUCUGGCAACAGUCUCCCUGCGGGACAAAAUUUCGAACAACAAAUGUUCGGGGAAAACACUAUCCUUCAGGAGAAGCAGGUUUGGAAUGCUUUAUAAUUUAAUGCUUUGCUGUUCAGUUGUUGUUACGAACUACAUUACCGUGCCGAUUUUAAAUGGCCAGGACUACGAUAACAAAACCACCAUUACCAUGAGUAUAGAAGUAUUUGAGGGAGUAUUCGGCAGUCUAGUGGUUUUGAUCAUAUUGGUGUGUUAUUGCGGGAAUCAGUUGGACUUCGAAAGUAUCGGCAAUUACUUGAUCCACGUCGAGGAACAGUUCCAUCGAUUGCGAUUACCGAUCAAUUUUCACGGUGUUUUUGGGAGAUUGAUUAUCGUCUACAUCGGUCAGUUGACGUUGUUCCUCGCUCUUCUGGUUACCGAGUACCUAGCAUUUAACGAGGGCCCUUUGGUGUGGCUAUUGGAUGUUGGGCCCUCAGCUUUCGCCAGUUGGCUCCUCAUUCAAUAUAUCUCGGUGAUCAGCCUGUUAGACGCGAAUUUCAAUUGUCUCAAUGAUGGUAUACAGAACCUCUGCAGAAGUUCGAACAACAGUAAUUAUAUGAGAUCGUUGAAUCAAACUCGUCGAGUAUUCGUCAGCAGUUCGACCAUGAAGCCUUUCCUUCAACUUAGGGACAUUCACGAUAAUCUGUGCGACCUUUCCACCGAAGUUUCACGGUUUUAUUCCAUGCCUGCUCUGAUCGCUAUUACCUUUCUGUUCUUCACGUUGCUGUAUAACACUUACUACCUUCUAGAACCUUUGAUCGUUGAUAAUUCGAUUUUGGAUCUCAUGCCAAUGGUGAACACCAUCCUUUGGUUAAUUUUCCUUCUUUAUCCGCUCGUUUUGCUGACCACCAAGAUUACAAAUAUUAUGGAUAAGAUCCAAGAAACGGGAGUUUUCGUGCACAUAUUGUUAAAAUGUGCGAUCGAUCGAGAAACAAAAUCGGAGCUUCGGGAAUUCUCGCUUCAGUUGCUUCAUCGGAAUAUUAAGUUCACCGCGAACGGAUACUUUAGUUUGGACAACACGUUGCUGCAAUCGAUUGUCAGCGCGGUAACAACGUAUCUGGUGAUUCUAAUCCAGUUUCAAAUGGGAUCGUCGUGUUACAAGGUUUCCAAGUGUAACUGCACGGAACCGUAA